AAACCCCAUUCAGAGUGACAGCUGCUGGCCAGGGCGCGGGCUGCCAGGCGGUUUGCAUAACGCCUGCUGGAGCAUGCUCAGCGGCGCUGGCUAAUUCCUCAUUGCAACAAUGGAAAAACCCAGAAAUCUCGGUGAAUAAGCCAGUCUGUGUCCUAAGUCAGCCCUUGGAUUUCCUCCCUUUCUUGAGCCUGUCUCGCCUCUGCAAAAGCUCCGCUGGGGCUCUGCAGCCAGCCUCAGGAGCAGAAAGCUCAACAAGCUCACAGUUAUGUGCUGGGCUCUCAGCUGUUCGCUGCAGCCAGGAACUGGCUGGAAAUCAGUUCAAAAUGUUCCAACUCCAAACUCCACCCCACAACCCCUGGAUCUCUCCCUCCACACUCACAGAAGCAUGCGCUGGGGCUUUUAACCGCUUUGCUUUAACCUUCUCUAUUGGGAGAGCAAGGAACAUCCCCUGCAUUAAUUCAUCUCUGCCACCGCUACCCCAAGAGAGGAGCCAGGGAAGACCCUAGUCCCAGCUCAGCAGCGAUUUCCUUGCUCUGAUACCUCACCAUCCCUUUAUCCACACCUUUCCCCAUCCACAGCUUCAUCUCAGGAGCACAGGCAUUCCUAUCCACUUCAUCUGAGCCAGGCACGCAGCAGGGCAUCGCUGUCCGGCACUUCAUACCCACCAGCCCAUGCCCCAUCACUUCCCCACAGGCUCCGCCACUGCCCCAUCCCUUGUCGGAAGGCAACAGCCAUUGCUCCACAGUGCCAUGUGCUGGGAAAAAAGAGCCCCUCACACAGGUCUCCUGAGCAUGACCAUGGAUGUGCCACACUUGACUGCCCACAGAGGAAGAUGCAGCAGGAAUUAAGAUGGUCUUUGCUCUCCCUUUCUUGGCCAACUCCUAGGUGCAGUCUAGAUCUGGAAGUCUUCAAAUAAAAUUUUGCAUCACAAGAGCGAGUGCAGCACUGUUGGCCUUUGGCAUGACCCCGUAUCGCUCCCACCUUCUCCCACCCCUGCUUAGGCAAACUCUUUUGAAAUCAGCAAGACCCCCCCCCUCCCCAAACCUUCCUCUGUGAUAGCAGGACAAGAUUCUCCCCAGACCAGCUGAGGAUACACACAGCCCAGGAGCCUGCCGAGACCUUUGGCACGAGGUGGCUGCAGAGCACAGCGGAGCUCCCUGCCAUGCCAUUCGACCAAACCAGGUUGUUUUCCCCACCACCACUGAUGAAUCAGGGCCCCUCUCGGCUCAGCAGGGACCAGAGAGGUCCCCUACAGAGCAGCUCAGCAUUUGUUCUUCCUAACCAUUUGCCUCCCUGUUGCAGAGAGGAAAACUACCUCUGCACAGCCGCUGCAGCAGCGAAGCCAGGCAGGACCGCGGACACUCCGCUGCCUGGUGCCAAGGGGUUAAGCUCACAGUAAGUUCCCAAAGCCAGUUGCUUCCAACUGGCUGCUGCCUGUGGUUUGUGGGAAGGGAUUUUGCUUUUUAAUAACAUUAUAAAUAGGGCUGUGUUCAGCAUGCUGCAAACCCAGUUACUCUCUCUCUCUCCCACCCAUCUCCCUCCUCCUCCUCCUCCUCCUGCUUCUCUUCCCACCACACUAAUUCCAGAUCUGACCAUGAAUCGGUCGGGCUUCUUCCUCAGUGUCCUCAGCCUACUGGCAUGUCUUGCCUCCAUCGUGCAGGCAUGUCCCCCGAGCUGCCACUGCCACGGCGGCGACCUGCAGCAUGUCAUCUGCGACAAUGCUGGGUUGAAGAAGAUCCCCAAGGUGCCUGAGCAAACACGGCUUCUCAACCUGCAGAAGAACAACUUCCCCGUCCUGCCCACCAAUGGCUUCCGUGACCUGAAAAAGCUGGUGUCCCUGCACCUCCAGAGCUCACAGAUCAAGGAGAUCUCAACUGGAGCCUUCCGGGGGCUCAAAAGCCUGGUCUACCUCUAUCUCACUGACAACCAGAUCAGUGUCAUAAAGCCAGGAGCCUUCGAUGACCUCUCUGAGCUCACCUACCUGUACCUGGAUCAGAACAAGAUCCCAGACCUACCCAAAGGGCUCCUCUCCCCUCUUGUCAACCUCUUCAUCCUGCACUUAGGCAGCAAUAAAAUCCGGGAGCUGAAACCAGGGGUCUUCAACGGGGCUAAAGACCUGCGCUGGCUCUUCCUCUCCGACAACUCCCUCACCAACCUCCUCCCUGGGGCCCUGGAGGAUGUAGAAAACCUUGCUGUCCUCCACCUGGACAAGAACCAGCUGAGCAGCUAUCCUGUGAGCGCAAUGAGUAAGCUGAGAGUGCUGGAGGAACUGAAGCUCUCUCAUAACCCAAUUGAGGUCAUCCCUGACAAUGCCUUCCAGUCCUUCGGGCGAUACCUGCAGACACUCAACCUGGACAACAUGAAACUGAAGAAGUUUGCAGACAACGCGUUCGCCGGCGUGACCGCCCUGAAGACUGCUCACCUGGAGAACAACCGGCUCACCCAGCUGCCCCGCAACUUCCCCUUCGACAAACUGGAGACGCUGACGCUCUCCCGAAAUGCCUGGCACUGCAACUGCCAGCUAGCACAUCUGCGCAAGUGGCUGAAGGGCAAUCGCACCCGCACCGAGGACACCUGCUCUACGCCCGUGCAGUACCGGGGGCAGUCCAUCAGAGACACCCCGGCCCUCCGCACCUGCAAGCUCCCCACCAAGAGGUCCAAGAAGGGAAGCCGCCAUUAAACAUCAGGCUUCGGUAUGGCCUGUCCUGGUGACUGGUCACUUCAACCAUCAGAAAACUACUGACUUCUGAGUCCUUCCUUAUGCUUCUCCUACCUGUCAGGAAACAUUUCUGAUAGAUCCCACCACCUCCAGCCUCCUCCGAAUCCUCGCUUCUCUGCUGAUCGCAGGAUGGAAUCCACCUUUUCAAUCUUUCCCAACAUCUAUAUAUUUUAAAAGAGGCAUUUUUAAAAACUAAACUAUGCAUGACCAUACUAAGACAAGCUAACCUAGAUCCUGCCGGUAAAACACAGUCAUCUUUCCUAGAGGCAACAUAACCCACGUCCCCGAUCAACCGGUCACUGUCUCUCCCCUUCCAGUGGAGUGGAAGCAAGUGGGAAGGUAGGAGUAUCCCUCCCCCAGCUGCUUGAUCAGGAAAAUUGGUUUCAACCGAUGCAAAGAGACUCCUCUGCCUUCCCAUGGAGGGGAUCCCUGCAGGUCAGGGCUGAGGGGGAUCGGUGGAGCAAUGACCGAGAACCGGUGGUCCCGAGACAGCGCUGCUCUUUGACGCCAAAGGCAGCAAUCUCUCUAGGUCAGCCAGAAAUCCUGGAAGCGAAGCAGUACUGGGAACCUCCAAAACUGGAGCUGUCUGAAGACUGGAUUCCCUCCCACUCUGUGGGGUCUGCCAAGAUGCUCGUACAUCCCAGAGGAGGCGGCGUGCACCACGCAGCCCGGCUGGGGCACCCCUCCUCUCCUCCCUGCCCAUACUCCAGAGGAUCCAGCAGGACACCAGGAUGACUGUGGUUUAUUGCCACGGCUAUUACAAUACCACAGUUGCAACUUAACUGUGUUUUUUAAUCCUAAAGAGUUAUAUAAAUAUAUGUAUAUUUAUUCCUCUGUAACUGAGUGUAAAUGACCUUUAAGAGGAUGAAAACUCCUCUGUCUCCUUUAUAGAAAUCAAAUUGUAUAUUUUCUUAUGUACAUCUUCUGUAUAAAGCUCUUGCUGCAAAGAUGAA